GAAAUGUUGUAAGAGGGUUUUGAUUGAUUUUCCUUUCUCUGUGACCGUGAUCGUCGCCGUCAUAUUGCUCUCCGUUCUAUAUCUCCGGUCGGAUUACAUAACUGCAAGCUCGUAGAAAGUGUUGUGACCAUGUUUCUUACGCGAUUUUUCGGAAGGAGAUUCUUGGCGGCUGCUGCAGCUACGAGAUCGGAGUCCACUACUGCAGCAGCUGCCUCCACUGUUCGGAAGGCCACAAACCCUCUCGAAGAGUUCUUUGAGUUUGACCGAAGCCAGGACGAAGAUAAACCUGUUGUCUACGGUCGAGGUUGGAAAGCUUCAGAACUGCGCCUUAAGUCAUGGGAUGAUCUUCAGAAGCUGUGGUACGUUCUUCUGAAAGAGAAAAACAUGUUGAUGACUCAGCGUCAGAUGCUUCAGGCACAGAACAUGAUGUUUCCAAACCCUGAACGCAUUCCAAAGGUGAGGAGAUCAAUGUGCCGCAUAAAGCAUGUGCUGACAGAGAGAGCGAUUGAAGAACCUGAUCCCAGACGAUCAGCCGAGAUGAAGAGAAUGGUAAAUGGCAUGUGAUCCCUUGUGCUUCUUUUGGCAACCGAGCAGUAACCUCAAGUCAAUUCGCAGACUCAGUCCCGGCCCAAACCCAUGGCGAGACGGGGCUGGGUCCAACGCCCAGAUUUUUCUUUUCUUAUUUUUUAAAGUUUGAUAAAAAAAAAGGCCCAUGAUCUGUUAUCCUUUUUUUAAAAGCAAGCCUUGAUAAAAAUAUGUGUAAGGUAUCACAAAAUACUGUAAGACAUUAUCUAUUUAUUCGAUUUCCUUAUAUA